AUGUACGAACCUGUUGCGAUAAAAACUCGGCUGGGGUGGAUCGUAUACGGUGGCAGCGACAAGUUACGGCAACAGUUUCUUGGGUAUCAUAGUCUCCAUCAUUGUGAAUGCAAAGGGCAGGCGAAUGACGAACUACAUGAUGCUGUGAAAGAGUUUUUCGCGCUAGAGAAAGCUGGUAUCGAGAAACCAACGAGAUUGAUCGAAUCAAACGAUGAUCGCCGGGCGCGGACCAUUUUGGAAUCCCUUCAGCGCACCGAUAGUGGCCGCUAUAAAAUGCGUCUGCUCUGGAAAUUUGACAAAUUUAGACUACCAGAAAACAAAGCUUACGCUCUCCGCCGGGCACAGUGUCUUGAAACCAAACUUAAAAAGCAGCCUCAGCUAGCAACGGUACUUAGCGAAAAGAUGAAAGACUACGUCCAUAAAGGCUAUGUUAGGAAAUUGACCGACAAAGAGCUUGCAGAGGAACAGCAACGUGUAUGGUACUUACCCAUUUUUCCCGUCUUCAACGCCAACAAACCGAAUAAAGUUCGCCUGGUAUGGGACGCGGCAGCAAAAGUUCAUGGGAUCUCGUUAAACUCAAUGUUACUUAAGGGCCCUGACCAGAAUUGCUCGUUGAACGAUGUACUUAUUCGAUUCCGAGAGAAUCGAAUUGCAGUUUGUGGUGACAUUCGUGAAAUGUUUCACCAAGUUCUCAUUUCCGAAGAAGACCAACACUGUCAGCGAUUCCUAUGGAAGGACAAUUUGAACGAUGAUGAGCCAAGUACUUAUGUGAUGCAGGUGAUGACAUUCGGAGCAAGUUGUUCACCUAGUUCGGCUCAGUACGUCAAGAACUUCAACGCCGAACAAUAUAAAGGCCAAUACCCUCGAGCAGCAGCAGCAAUAACGGAAUGUCACUAUGUUGACGAUAUGCUGCUGAGUGUGGAAUCUGAACGCGAAGCUAUCAAAUUAGCACAAGAAGUUCGUUUCAUCCAUUCACAGGCAGGAUUCGAAAUGCGGAAUUGGUUGUCGAAUUCACAGGCAGUUGUAGCAGCGCUUAAUGAAUGUAGUGGCAAUGAAAAGAGCCUUAACGUUGGAGAACAAAUGUCAACAGAAAAAGUUCUGGGAAUGUGGUGGUGCACACUGACGGAUAGCUUCACAUACAAGUUGUCUCCAAAACAUGAAGAAGAUUUGCUAGCAGGAAGACGUGUUCCAACAAAACGCGAGGUACUUCGCACUCUAAUGGCCAUCUUUGACCCACUAGGAUUCCUUUCAAACCUUCUUAUCGCUUUGAAAAUAAUUCUCCAACAAAUUUGGAGGUCGUCCAUCGGAUGGGAUGAUAGAAUUUCGAUGAAGCUUUUCGAUGACUGGCUGCAAUGGCUCAGUGUGCUACCAACUGUUAAGGACAUAAAAAUCCCGCGUUGUUACUUAAGUAACCUUUCUUUAGACCCGGAAACGUCGAUAUCUUUGCACACAUUCGUCGAUGCGAGUGAGCUAGCUUACGCAGCCGUUACAUACGUUAGAUUUCAACAAGGCGAUAGAGUUGAGUGUGUAAUCGUGGGAGCUAAGGCUCGUGUUGCACCGUUAAAGUUCCUUUCGACUCCGAGAAUGGAACUCCAGGCAGCCGUUAUCGGAGUUAGACUGGCAGAUAGUAUUUCGAAAGCACUUCUCUUUAAAAUAAACCAGCGCAUUUUUUGGAGCGACUCGCGAGACGUUCUAUGCUGGAUCAGAUCCGACCAUCGACGUUACUCACAUUACGUGGGCCAUCGGGUUAGCGAAAUUCUCGAUACUACUCAAAUUGGUGACUGGAAAUGGGUGCCAACGGAUGAAAAUGUUGCUGAUGAAGCGACUAAAUGGCAGCGCCUCCCUGAUCUUAAAAGCGGAUGUCGCUGGCUGAGUGGACCAGAAUUCCUUCGAGAAGACGAAGCAGCUUGGCCCGUUGAGCGAUUUGGAAAGUCGUGUACGGAAGAAGAACUUAGACCGAACGCCUCUUGUAAUGUGCAUAGUCUUCUACCUGCGCCCUUUAUUGAAUUGGACAGGUUCAGGAGCUGGAACUUUCUCCGACGAACAGCAGCCUGGAUUCUUCGAUUUGCGCACAAUGCUCAGUACAAAAAGUACCAAGAACGAUGGUGUGGACCUCUCUCGGGAAAGGAGCUUCGACAAGGAGAAAUGCUGAUGUUCAGACAAGCACAGAGUGAUUUUUUCAAAGACGAAAUAAACUCACUGUUAUUGACAGAAUCUACUACGCCUACCGUACACAAAUCAAGUCCAAUCUACAAGCUGUGGCCAUUUCUUGAUGAAGAACAAGUUUUGCGAGCUACAACUCGAAUCGAAGCAUGUGAAGCGGCUAGUAUGGAUGCAAAGAAUCCGAUAAUUCUUCCGAAAGAUCAUCCAAUUUCUCGACUCAUAGUUCUGCACUAUCAUAUAAAAUACUAUCAUCGCAAUCAUCAGACAGUCAUCAACGAAUUGCGACAGAGAUUCCGUGUGACUCCUAGGCUAUCGAGUUUAUAUUGGAAAGUCCGGGCGAAUUGCCAGUUGUGCAAGAAUUUGAAGGCUGCUCCUAGACCACCUCGAAUGGGUAAUCUUCCAUCAACAAGGCUUUCGACUUUCACAAGACCCUUCUCUUUCAUAGGCAUUGACUAUUUUGGUCCGAUGUUUGUUUCUGUCAAACGUAGUACUGAGAAACGUUGGGGCGUGUUGAUAACGUGUUUAACUGUUCGAGCGAUACACAUCGAAAUCGCGCACUCUUUAUCAUCAGAGUCGUGUAUUAUGGCUUUACGAAAUUUUAUGGGUAGAAGAGGCACUCCGAUUCAAAUUUUUAGCGACCGUGGCACAAAUUUUAUUGGGGCAAAUAAAGAGCUUAAAUUGGCACUGGGGGAAAUGGACCAAAAUAUUAUUUUGCAGGAAAUUUCAAGUCCAAAUACCACCUGGUCUUUCAUCCCACCGGCAUCCCCCCAUAUGGGAGGGUCUUGGGAGCGGAUGAUUCAAACCGUCAAACGCAAUUUGAACCAAAUCAAACCGAAACAUCAGCUCAACGACGAGGUACUGCGCAACUUACUAAUUGAAGUGGAGAACAUUGUUAACUCCAGACCGUUAACACACGUUUCAUCGGAGGAUCCAGAACAGCCAGUAUUAACACCUAACCAUUUCCUCGUUGGAUCAUCUAACGGACUGAAACCAGCCUCGUCUAUGGAUAACAGCGAACAGGCCGUGAGGAGAACGUGGCGAUCGUCUCAGGUGGAAGCAAAUAUAUUUUGGAAACGCUGGGUACGCGACUACCUUCCAGACCUUACACAACGUUCGAAAUGGCACUCUCCAGUUGUGCCUAUAAAGGUGGACGACAUAGUUGUUAUAGUGGAUGCCAAUCUUCCAAGAAACUGUUGGCCAAUGGGAAGAGUUAUUUCUGCGGAAGCUAGUAGCGACGGAGAAGUUAGGAAGGCUGUCGUUCAGACAGCUAAUGGAGUCUACGAAAGACCGGCAGUAAAACUAGCUGUAUUGGAUGUUCGACGUUAG